CCAUCACGGACAGACUGGUAGGGGACCAAGCCAGACAGAUGACGACAAUCACAGUCACACCCAAGCAACAAAGAAUAGGGAAGACGACUAGUGCAUCCUCAUGGUUUUUCUCACUCUGCAAGUUAUUGUAAGGAUAUCGGGAAACCCCAUCCACAGAAACACCAACACCGAGAUAAUUCACAAGGACCAGUGAACACCAAUCUUUGUACCAAGUGGAGUCGCGUCGCACUCACUGUCAGACAAUGGCCACACCAACAGCCAACAAUAUCAGUCACAGCGCGAUGGACGGAGAAGAUCCGUACCACGCCCGACUGCGCGCUCAUCCCGUAUUCUAUGCAUCGAUUGGUGUGCUGCAUACGCUACUAACGGCCGGUGUGGUGUUUGGAUGGGCUUCGCUCUUGCCAAUUCUCCGCCAGGAAGGCAUCGAUCUAUCUCCCAGCGACUUUGCACGGAUCUUUACACACGGAGCCAUCGGCAAUUAUCUUUCCUCUUUGCCAUUCGGCCUGGUGCUGGAUCGCUUCGGGCCCAAAUCGUGCGGUAUGGCCGCCAGUUUGCUUUUGGCGGUUGGACUAGCUUUGUGUUCUUUCGCGACACAGAGCACUACUUGUCUCGAUCUUGGCUUCGCGCUCGUGGGGUUUUCCGGUCCCGCGGUACAGUUGCCGACGCUGCAUCUAGCGAGGCUCUUUCCGGGACAAGCGCGGGAAGGUGGCACCGGAGGGGCGGCGCUCCUCAUGUCGGCACAAGCCGGGGCCUUUGACGGGGGUACUAUUGUCUUUGCCUUAUUUUCGGCUGCUUCUACCUUCUUUGGCAUGACUACCACCUUAUUCUUUCGAUUGUAUUUACUGGUACCGCUCUUCACCUUCUUGACCGCCGUCUUGGUUUGGCCCCACACUAUAUUACCCGAUCCGGCGCCACCGUCCGCCGCGCGUCGCCAGCGCACCAAUUCGUACCUGGGCGCCGCCUCGCCGUACCUCAGUCCAGGCAAGUUGUCCCUGGAGCCGGCUCCAUCGGUACUCAAGGACGCGCCGCUGUCCCAAGUCUUGUCUUCUCCGCCCUUUUAUUGUCUCGCCUUGUGGGUGGCCGUCCAUAUUCUUAAACUCAAUUUUGUCGUCGCGUCCAUCAACGAUCAGUUGAACUACGCGAUGAAACCGGCCAUGGCGGAAAUGCUGAUUGGUAUUUUUGGGGCUAUUCUACCCUUUGGGUUUGUGGUUCUACCAGGGGUCGCCUAUUUGUUGUCACGGUCCACCAUCACUUGCUUCCAAGUCGCCAACGUGGUGGGUGUUUUAUACGGCUCCGUCUUGGCGUUUUUGCCCGGCCAGGCCUGGUACCAAAUUUUUAUUGUCUUUACCUCCGUCGCCACCUCUCGACAACUCGUGUACAGUACCGUGUUCCACCAAACUGGAGAACUCUUUGGUUUUCGUAAUUACGGAGUUCUGUUGGGUUUGACCAACGUCGUGGUCAGUGCCGUGUCCCUGGUCCAGGGACCACUGGUGGAGUGGGCCGAAUCGGCAGGAAACUAUCUUGGACCCAACGUGGUUUUGUUAGGGCUCACUCUUCCCCUAUUUGCUCUCGUGUAUGGAACAAUUCCCCGUGAUCCACAAGCAAAUGGAAAUAUCAAACCUAAGCUGUUUUCGCUUCCUACCGAAGUAACGCCCCUGACCGCCCUCAAGGGAAGGCCACGAAGCCAUUCGGAUGCGGCUCCAGUCGUUGCUCCGUAA